UCACCAUGGAAACCGGGCAAAGGGUCCGAAGUGUCACGCUUGCCAGAAGUAUGGACACAUCGCGCGGAACUGCCCCGAGAAAACGUCGUCUACGAUGUCACCGGAUAAGGAGAGAAGCAAGCCGGGACGUGCCUUCGGUGCUGUACUGACGACGGGGAACGAGAGCAAACCUGAAGAUUGGUUUUUCGAUUCCGGAGCCAGUCGUCAUUUGACCAGAACGAAAUCGUUGCUGCACGACGUUCAGCGGGCAAACGGUAAGAUGGUCGCUGCCAACAAGGAAGGAAUGCAGGUCGUCGCGAAGGGCACUGCUGUGAUCAACACGACCUGUGGAGAAGAAAUCAACGUUACCGAUGUGCAGCUGAUACCAGGACUGGCAGCCAACCUACUGUCCGUGAGUAAGAUCGUCGAUAAAGGAUACACUGUAGUUUUCCGACGCAACGGUUGCGAGGUGCUAGACGAGGAAGGCAUUUGUGUCGCGACCGGAAGUCGGUCGGAUGGGCUGUUCAAGCUGGAGCAGGAAAAGCUCAGGGUGCUCACGUGUCGCAGCAGACAACGGAGGCGCAGAAGAGCGCGUAACGGGUCACCAUGUACAGUCGUGAAGUUGGACUAUGAAGAUGGAACAAAGGAGGUCGACGAGGUAUCCGUUCGUUCCCCACGUGUUUCAGGAGGCCAGAAGUCGGACGGACCGUCCACUCCAGUUGUUCUGCGUGUGACGUCGUCGAGUCGAAGACCGGUGGAUGGUAGUUUCCAGUACCCGACACACGACGACCCGAACGUGCACAAGGCCACACUGACUCAGGACAUCUCCAACGGCUGGAGACGUGCCAUGCAGGAGGAGUACAACGCUCACAGGACCUGGGAGAUGACCAACCUGCAAGGCGGAGUCUAUGGCCCUGUCCUUGGCUGCGGUAGCCCUGGCGUGUAUCGACAUCCAACCUCGUUUUAUGAGGGGCACGUUGGAAUGUGUCGAUGUCGAUGUGAUCUACAUCAAGGCUAAGUUGCAGAUAGCUGAUGGAUUGGUCGAGCCGUUGAAGAAACAGGAGGUCGAUCUACAUCAUGCUGUCUUAGAUUUAAGUGAUCGCUGUUUGAGGAGGAGUACUGAAGAUCGAAGCAAUCUGCGACCACUAAUCAGUUUUUAUGUUCAUUAGCAAUUAAACCUUUUCCCCACGAA